ACGUAGGGCCGCGGGGCGGGGUCAGGCGGAUGGACGUACCGAACGGGGCUGCGUCGUUAAGGCCAUAGCGGCGGCGGAAAUGGCGGCCGACGCGGACAGUCCGAAGCUGGUGUUUGAGAAGGAGGGUGUGUACCUUCACACCAACGCCAAGAGGAGCAACCAGGAGACCACCAUCCCAGGGUUCAUCCGCAUAGUGGAGCGGGGUGGGGAACCAUCUUUGGAGUGGAGCCCUCUUGAGGAGCAAAGAGGAAGUACACCUGCUGUCUUCUAUAGCAAAAAGGAUGGGGAUGGAGGAGAGGAGGAGACUAAUUUUGACCCAGGAUAUGAGCCAGACUGGGCUGUCAUCAGCACAGUGAAAAAAGCGAGAGAGCACCCCCCAGUGCGAGAGACCGGUCAAUGGGGCUCCUUCUCGCUGCCGCUCUCCGAGUUAUACUCCCUGCGCCGCGCACGCUUCUCCCUGGGACGCAACUUUCUGGUGCUGACCAGCAGGGUGGGACAUUCACUUCCACCACUGCAUUUCCACAGGGGGGGCACCAUGGAACUGCUGAGAGCUCUGCAGCGCUAUAUUAUUCUGGCCCCCUCUCCAAUGGACGCAAGGCUCUUCCUCGCCUACCCUCACCACUCCGAGGCUCUGUCUCAGUCUAUCGAUGAGCUCCACCUCUUUGACGAAAGCAAUUCGGACCUGGUCUCUAGGUUCAUCCAGGAUCCAUACGCCACAACAUUUGGGGGAUUUUCCAAGGUGACAAACUUCUUCCGUGGAGCCCUGCGGCCCCCUGACUCUUCGAUCCACUGCCGCACUACCCAGGGCGCCCAUGGUCCUCAGGCUGCCGAUGAGGAGCCCGGAUUCGAACUUAUAACUUGUGGAGUGGAGCUUGGCCCAAGACCUGAAGUAAAAAGAGGGCCAGCCAUGGACAAGUGGGAGGAGUUUCUGGACCCUGAGGGACGGGUCCUGGAGCCUCAGAAGAUCAAAGAGAUGGUGUUCAGAGGGGGGAUCAGCCCAUCACUGCGAAAGGAGGUCUGGAAGUUUCUCUUAGGCUUCUAUCCCUGGAACAGUACGGCAAAGGAAAGGGAGGACAUAGUAAGGGUGAAGACAGACGAGUAUUUCAGGAUGAAAGUGCAGUGGAAAUCUGUGAGCGAAGAGCAGGAGAUGAGGAACUCCCUCCUCAGGGGAUACCGCAGCCUGAUAGAGCGAGACGUCAGUCGAACAGACAGACACAACUCUUUCUUCUCUGGGAAUGAGAACCCUGGCCUGAUGCUUCUGCAUGACGUCCUGAUGACCUACUGCAUGUACAACUUUGACUUGGGCUACGUCCAGGGAAUGAGUGACCUGCUCUCCCCCAUUCUCUUCGUCACACAGAAUGAGGUGGAGUCCUUCUGGUGUCUCACUGGCUUCAUGGAGCUCGUGCACCAGAACUUUGAGGAGUCCCAGGAGGCCAUGAAGCAGCAGCUACUGCAGCUGGGUAUCCUGCUGAAGGCUAUUGACCCAGAGCUCUGUGAUUACCUAGACUCCCAAGAUAGUGGAUCUCUGUGCUUUUGUUUCCGCUGGUUACUGAUAUGGUUCAAGAGAGAGUUCUCCUUUGAGGACAUCUUGACCCUGUGGGAGGUCAUGUGGACUGGCCUGCCAUGUGACAACUUCCAUCUGCUGAUGGCCUGUUCCAUCCUGGAGUCUCAGAGGGGGGAGCUGAUUGGGUCAGAUCAUGACUUCAACACCAUAUUAAAGCACAUCAAUGACCUGACUAUGAAGCUGGACCUGCAAUCGCUGCUACGUGGCGCCGAGGCCAUUUUCAGACAGCUGCAAGCCUGCAAGGAACUCCCCGUGAAGGUCCAAGAGGUGCUGGGUCUAUGUCCCCUCCCUGGUUCCAGUGACGAGAGCCCAGCUUCCAGGACAGAAGAAACACAGCCACUCAUUGGCCAGUCGCAGGACUCUGGUGGCGACAUCUACCAAUCAGGGAACAGCUGCCCUGCAAGGCGCCCGCCCCCUACUUAUCCAUAACUCUAAAUGAUGAUGGGCACAGGGGCAUGUGGUGGGGGUGUAUGGCGCUGACAGGAUCUGCAGGCACAUGCUUCUGUCCUCGGCUACACACAGGGCCCCUGAAAUCGUGUGUCUGUCUGUCUCCUCGUGACGUUCCACUGCUUGUCCUGAGUUGUCUCUGUUGUAAUGUGUGGGCUGUUACUGCCUGCCUUGUCUGUGUGAGGUGCGCCUCACUAACUCUGGGUCGCACCUGAUGCUCUGUCAUCUGCCUGUUUUUUUUUCUUCUAGGAUGAGUGUAGGUUGAUAAAGGUGAAAGUCAGGGUGCUGCGUUAAAUAUGCAAUAUCACCGUUUAAUUUUCAGUAACCACCUCUGACCAAUUACCCAAUAAAGUGUAUCCUGAAAGUGUGA